AUGAAGACCUCCAUGAACCCCAUCGUUGCCUCGCUCGGGCUGGCCAUCGCCCGCGGCGUCGCGAACGCCGUCCCCUCGGUCUACGCCUCCAACCACACGGCCGGCCCCGAGUUGAAGCACUGGCCGGCCGAGGCGGCCAAGGCCCUCAACACCAUGAUCGCGGCCAACGCCAACCAGAGCAACUACGCUGUCUUUGACAUGGACAACACGAGCUACCGCUUUGAUCUCGAGGAGUCGCUGUUGCCGUACCUCGAGAGCAUUGGUGUUCUCACUCGUGACACCAUGGACCCGAGCCUGAAGCUCAUCCCGUUCAAGGACACGGCAAACUACACUGAGUCGUUGUACAGCUACUACCUGCGCCUGUGCGACAUUGACGACUUGGUUUGCUACCCGUGGGCUGCCCAGAUCUGGAGCGGCAUCACCUUGAGUGAGCUGAAGGUCCACGUGGACGAUCUGAUGGCCCUCAACCGUACCAUUCCGACCACCUACUACGAGGGCGACGUUAUUACCCCCACCGAGAUCAGCCCUCCCAAGAUCUUCACUGGCCAGAUUGAGCUCUACAACAAGCUGAUGGCGAACGGCAUCGACGUCUACGUCGUCACCGCCUCGGCCGAGGAACUGGUCCGCAUGGUCGCUGCUGACCCCAAGUACGGCUACAACGUCAACCCCGAGAACGUCAUCGGCGUCACCAUGCUCAUGAAGAACCUGACCAGCGGCGACCUCACCACCAGCCGCAAGCAGAUCAAGGAGGGCACCUACAACCAGAAGGCCAACCUGGGGCUCGUGAUCACUCCCUACCUCUGGACUCCUGCUACUUGGAUGGAGGGCAAGUGGGCGGCCAUCCUCACUUACAUUGACGAGUGGAAGGGACCUGUUCUGGCGGGUGGCGACACCCCCUCCAGCGACGGCCCCAUGAUCUUCCACGGCGUCAACGUGGCCAAGGGCGGCAUUCACCUCUGGAUCAACCGCAAGGAUAGCGUCAUGGAGACUAUGAAUGAGAUGAUUAAGAACAACACCGCUGCCCAGAAGGCGAAUGGUCUUCCCGUCACUGCGGACAAGAACUGGGUCAUUGUUACCCCUGCUGAGAUUCAGUAA